GCCGCCCUACAAGUGCCUUUUUUGUUUUGUGGUGUUGUCGAUGGCCAGCUGUUUUCCGGACAGUACGGAAAAUUACACGAACUUACUAGGCGGUCAAGAAGAUACCAAAGCGAGUACGACGAAUUUCACGACGGCCGGAUACGACCAGGAAAGGACGACUACAACCGAUACCAAUGAUGAAGAAUUGAAUACAACGAGUGAGUUACCUUUUCGUGAAGACUCUGAAAAAGGAGGUUACAUUGCAUUCGAGGAGAACCGGCAGUCCAUUCUUGAGUGGAUAGCAAGCCUUCUCUCCAAUCUCGGCAUCGGAGGUUUCGAGCCGACCCCAGUUCCACCGGAUCCCAUCGAUCAAUCCAAAUGCAAACCAUGCCCUUGCGGUUUGACAAAUAAGAAAAUCAGGAUCGUCGGCGGUAGGGAAACCGAAGUGAACGAAUAUCCAUGGAUGGCUCUUCUAACGUACGAAAACGAAUUUUACUGUGGUGGGACACUCCUCAAUUCAAAAUACGUCCUUACAGCCGCUCACUGCACCAAAGGAUUUAACGCUUCCAAAAUCAAAGUGAGACUUUUGGAGCACGAUCGGAAAACUGAUACUGAAUCGAUGACAAUAGAAAGAAAAGUCGUCUCCGCAAUAAAACAUCCUGGGUUUAGCCUUACGACCCUCGAUAACGAUAUAGCCCUUCUCCAAUUGGACCAAGAAGUCGAGAUUGACGACGAAUUGAUGCCGGCUUGCCUUCCUCCACCCAAGAAGAGUUUUGCCGGAGAGACCGGUAUCGUGACCGGCUGGGGAGUGACGUCGGCAAGCAAGAUCAGAUGGAGAGGAAAGUCAGUCAAGGCGUCAACUUCGCCGGUUUUACGAGAACUUGAAGUUCCAAUUAUGUCGAAUGAGCAAUGCCGAAACAGCGAAUACUCGAAAAGCCAGAUCACCGACAACAUGCUCUGCGCCGGUUACGAAAAAGGAGGAAAAGAUUCAUGCCAGGGUGAUAGCGGAGGACCGUUGCAUGUCGUGGAUAACGACAACCACAUGGUUGUGGGUGUCGUGUCCUGGGGUGAGGGCUGUGCAAAACCAAAACAUCCAGGGGUUUACUGCAGGGUCAACAGAUAUCUACCUUGGAUCCUCAAGUUCACGGCCGACGCGUGUCAGUGCACUUCACAAAGCCGGAAACAAAAAUAGACUAUCAUCAGGUCAACCUCAUCGCCUGUGCUCGUUUGCAAAUCUGAAAUAUUUUCAGCUUCUUCAGUUUUAAAAUCGCCUAAACAUUUCAAGAUAUUGCUGUGAUAAAUGAACCAACACGUUCUUCAUAAAAUCCAAUAAUUUAUUUAUUUUUCUAUAGUGGAGUUUUAAGCUAAAUAAAUACUGUUACAACUA